AUGUUGAAGGGCGGUCGGUAUCGUGCGGUGGCUCACUUGCCCACGUCCAUCAUCGGCUGGGUGAUCGGGCACAAGGGCUGCAACGCGCGCAUGCUUAAGCAGCAGACAGGCACAGAGCUCUGGGUGGAUGUUCCCGGGCAGUGUGUGAUUAUUGAGUCGAGGGCCAUCCAGGAGUUGGAGGGGGCCAUGGAAACCGUCAACAACUUCGUCAAAACGGCUCCCACGUUUAUUGCCAAGGCCCAGUCGACCAGCGGCGGGGGCGUCACGCAGACCGUUCAGUGCCCGGUUCACCUGCUGCCGUCCAUCCAAAGGCUCAGCCGCAAGAUACAGGCUGAGAGCGGCGCCAACUGCGUGUUCGCAAACUGCAAGGUCAGGCCCUUUCAACAACUCAACCCCAACCCUAAACCUAUCUCACCCUAG